GUAUGAGUCUGCAGCUGAACCACGCGGAGCUCUUCAAGGUGGCGCCGAUCUCGAGCCGCCAGUCGCUCAAGCUCCUGCCCUUCAGCCUCAAGAAGAAGAAGCAAAAGCUGGUCAUUGGCGAUGACUCGGGCGUCGUGUCGUCGUUCCAGAUGAAGAAGGGCGACCCCGUGGUCAUCUACAAGUCGGUGCCGCAGACCAACCCGAUCACGUCCAUCACCAUGGGCUUGUACAAGGGCACGACGGACAAGGCGUAUGUCUCGAGCGGCCAGCAAGUGUUGGGCUACACGAAGAAGGGCAAAGAGUUCUUCAAGUUCCAAUCCAACCUCUCCGAGACCAUCAACCGCGUGUUCACGUACGACACGCAGCUCUGGACGGCCACCGACUACAUUUACAACCAGUUUGAGAACGGCCAGGACAAACACUUUUACAUGUGCCAAGAUCGCAUCAACGACAUGCUGCUCUUCGACGAGAACGACGAGCUCGUGCCCGUCCUCGCGUGCCAGGACAAGUACAUUCGCUUCAUCCAGGGCAACGAGCCGCUGGCGAAGAAGUCGGUGCCUGGCGCGUGCAUGGCGUUGACCAAGCACGUUCAGAGAAAGGCGCCGAGCCAGAUCUUGUAUGGCAGUGCCAAUGGCGCGUUUGGGGCUGUCCAGUGGAACAACCAAAAGGUCAAGACGAUCUGGAAGACGGACGGCGGCCAGCUCGGCGACAGCAGCAACGCGCACGGCCCGGCGGCCAUCACGGCGCUCGCGUCGUUCGACAUCAACAAGGACGACUCGAACGAGAUCAUUGUCGGUCGGGACGACGGUCGCAUCGAAGUCUACUCGGUGGAUGCGGCGGGCGGCAUCACGAAAGAAUUUGAGAGCGUCGAGCAAGAGAGCGUCCGCGCGUUUCAAACCGGCGUGCUCUCCACGCCGGGCUUUGAUGAAAUCGUGUUUUGCACGUACUCGGGCCGCGUGCUCUCGCUCACGUCCGAGCCAUUGGACCAACCCGACGCCGACGAUGUGUACGGCCGAUCGCGCGGGACGGUCCAGCGUGAGACGCGCAUCGUCAAGCUGCGCAAGGAGAUCGCGCAGCUCGAAGAAAAAGUGGCGAAAGAGCGGGAUCGCGUUGCGCGCAAGAGUGCGAGCGAGAAGGAAGCGUGUCUCCCGGUCGUGGAAGAAGUGCCCGUCAACUGCAAGUGCGCACUCAACGUCGCCGAACAAACCUACGACCUCUCGAUUGAACUACCUGUCCCGAUCGCAACCGUCGUGCUGCACUCGAGCGUCCCACUCGAUCUGCUGGACACCGUCAACAACCAAGCGAUUCUGUGCCGGUCGCCGCCCGAUCCAUCGACCAACUCGCACGUCCUGGCCACGUACCGCUGCCAAGAGUUUACGAACCGACUCGAGUUUCGUGUGCGGACGCUGGAAGGCCAAUACGGCGAGAUCGAGCUCACGGUGCUCGCGGACACGGUGCCUCGUUGCGCCCAAAUCGUCAAGCAGUUCAUCAAGCCGCUCUCGCUGCACCACCGCAUCAACGUCGUCGAGUCGACCGAGCUGGACGAAGCAACGAUGAACUCGCUGCAUUUAACCGGCGACUUUUCGCUCCUCCAGGUGCACGAGUGGGUGAGCUACUGCCUCCCCGAGGUGCCGCUGCGUCUCCAGGACGACGACGUCAAAAUGUACUUUCGCAAUACGUUCUUCAGCAACGUACUCGUCUGCGAGUACCGCAAGGGCGAGGCGCAGUUUGCGUCAUCGUCCAUCUCGACCAUCGCGAUUUUAAAAGAAGUCAUCACCAAGGAGGCGACGGCGCGCAAGAUCGGGCUCGACAUUAGCUUCGACAUCAAGCCGACGUCGAUUCCGUGUCUCCUCCACUUGCUGCGACCGAAACUCGACUGGAAGCAGAUGAUUGCGUCCCAAGUCAAAAUCCUCGAUGGCAUCAAGGAGCUUCAAAUGCACGAAGCGGACCACACGCUGUGGAUGUCGCCCGAGUACCAAAGCGUGCUCAAGGACGCCGACACGAUCCUCGAAGAGUUCAAAGCCCGACCCCGGGCGCUCAACUACCUCGCGGGUGUCCUCACCGACCUCUACGUGGACGUGUGCAAGUUCCGCGGUGUCAACCCCAAACCGCAGAUUCCGCAGCUGUACCAGCUACUGGACCAGUACAACUUUGACGCGCUUCUUGCGUUCUUCAUGCAGCACUACUGAGUACAAAAGGACGACGACGACGCGAGUGCAAAGUUAGUGUAAUUCGUAGUAGUUUAGUCGACUUGUGCGAUUAGCUAAAGAUGAGCAAAGUGACCUUGUAGAUGGC